CUUAAAAUAGACUUGUACGUAUGUGCUUACGUACUGAUAAUCUCUAUUCACAAUCUUACUUCGCCUCAUCAUGGCAAUGGGGGAGAAAAAUGGAGGGCUGUCCGUUCCUCAGUUUGGAGCAUGGGACUCCAAGAACCCGGUACCUACCAACUACUCCAUGGUGUUCACACGAGCUCGCGCUAAUAGGAAGCAGCACAAGUCCGAUGUGAGGCACGCCAGCCUUGGAAAUGAAAGGGAACUCCUAGCUGCUGCUUGCCAACAAGAAGAACCUGUCAUUAAGAGAAAGAAGAUCUUGACCUACAUUCAUUGCUGUACCAGGCCUUGAUUUCACAAAAACCUAGGGUUCAUCAACUCAUGUAAUUCUCAAGUAUUAAAAUAUAAAUUUCUAUUUUGUGAAUCUAUAGACAAGACGUGUCAUGAAUUCGAAACCUUGUAAUCUUUUGCUGUGAGCCUUGGUUACUAUGCAUGCCUUUCUGCUUGCAAAUGUUGUUUAUAUCGGAAAGCAAAUAGAAUACCAGCAGAUUACAACUAAAUUAAAAGCAGUGAUAUGACAUAAAUUAAUGGACAUUCACGGACAUUUCAGAAUAUAGUAUAGUCCAGUUCAUUUAUUAUUUGAACAUUACCAUCAUUUAGUGUUACAU